CUGAAACGAAGUAAUGGCUGCCUCCUUAAAAUUAAAAAGUUGUUUUGAAUUUGUUUUUUAAAGACCGUGGACCAGUUACAGCAAUGUCAGCCUCAACUGAUAAAGAAUUGGAUGUGAAGAAUGUUGAACAGAUGCAGACUUCCCCCACAAAGAAAGGUCUGGUGUACAUGUGGCAGGGUUACUCCGGGGACGUCACUCUGCAGUCAUUCCCAGCAUUCCUUACCCGCCAGAUCAGAAGAGUAGCACUAGGGGGAGAGCACUCUCUGUUUCUGACCUCUGACCAGGAGGUGUUUAGCUGUGGAGGGAACACUUAUGGGCAGCUGGGUCUGGGAAGUGUGAAUUCCGAGGAAAUUGCAGAUCCACAGCUCAUAGCUUGCUUGUCAGACAAGGGUGUGGUUGAUGUUGCAUGUGGGAAGCACCACAGUGGAGCAGUGUGUGACAACGGCGACGUUUACUGCUGGGGCGACUCCAGCCACGGACAGUGUGGUGUCGAUACUCUCACUCCAGUUACCUCCCCUUCACAGGUGGAGAUCUUCACGAAGGGCGACGUCUGCCAACACGGAGUUCUCCUGCCCAACAUCAAGGUCUCUAUAAAGAAGCUGGCCUGCGGUGCCGAGCAAACGAUCGCGCUAUCCACUGACGGAGAAAUCUGGGUGUGGGGCAGCGGGAUUCAGCUCGGUCUAGGGGAGACCACCUCUGCACUCACGGCACAGAAGGUGUCGAGUAUUGCUGGGAGGACCGUCCUGGACGUCUGCUGUGGGGAGGCGUUCAGCAUGGCGUUGGUGGAGAAGCUGGACCCAGGUCAUUCAGCACAUGUGAGACCGCUACAGAAAGCCACGGUUACCAAAGUCCAAAAACACUUUCCGACUCAGUGUGCGGCAUGUAAGAGGGAGAUUUAUACAUACACGGAGACGAACGACACGUGCAUUAUCGAAGAAGUCCACGAAUGCCGCACGAGUGUGGAUGGAAAUGUUCACAGUAUGGAGUCGAGCUGCGGAAGCAAUAGUGUUGAUUCCAGCCUCAAUCUGGCAGAAAAGACUGACGGUGACGGUGAUGGUGAUGGAAGUAAAAAUGAUAUAUCUUUGAGUGAAGAGAGUGGACAUGCUCAAUCCCAGGUGAGUGAUGCCAAACAGACGUUGUCAGUGUCUGAGUGUUUAUCAUCUGUAGAUGAAGAUUCACAACAUCCGUGUAGUAGUCAACAUGAUGGAGUCCCAUCAAGUUUGUCAGAAGAUAAAAAUCAUGCAGCAGAAGGUAGUCGGACUCCAGAAAAUAAAAGUCAGAUGUCAGAAGAUAAGAGUCAUACUGCUGAAAAGGUAACUAAUGACACUCAAACAGGGUCACCAGGGUCGCCAGGGUCAUCAGGGUUGCCAGGGUCGCAAAGGUCAAAAGAUGAUUCUAGAAAAAGUGACAUUGAUAAUGUAACUGAUCAGACAGCCAUCUUGGAUCCACUAGGCAUCACACAUGUUGGUGGUGACUCUGAUGCUGUUAAGUCUUGUGAUGCCAGUCAGGCUGAGGAGUUUGCAGAUUCAAAGGAUAAAAAGAAUGACCCAUACGACUCUGGUGCUGUUACGACUUGUGUUCCUGGUCAAAAUGAGGAGACGGAGGACUCCAAGGAGAGACGAGAUAACCCGUCGGUCAAUACAACUCCAGACAGAGCAGAUAAACAGGACUGCAAGGAUGUUUCAGAAGACUCUAGCAGACAAGAAGAGAUAACUCAGCAUCCGACUGAUAAAACGGAACUCUCAAGGGAUAAACAAGACAAACAGGAUGUGCUAGAAGACCCUGCCAGUGAGAGAGACACGGUGACAACACAAGGUUGUGAAUUAGCACCAGAGGUCGCCAUACCAGAUGAUGGGGGAGGUGCUUGUGGAGGACGAUCUUCUGAAGCACAGUUAACCAAGGAUAUUGGUUCUGGAGAUCAAGCCCAGACAAAAGAACAGCAUGUUUGUAGGCCGCCUGAUAGCAACAAGGAACUAAGGGUUAAGACUGCAAGUAAAACUGAACCAGAUUCCCAGGAAGUGACGGUUAAGUCUGAAACAAAGCCGGAUGAGCCAGAUGAAAUUAUCUGGAGACGAAUGGUUUCACUGGAGGCAGAAGCAGAGUCUCGCAAUAGAGAACUUGAAAAUGCUCAGAUUCCAGAAGGUGAAAGGUCAGAAACAGAGACCAACGCCCCCCUUCAGGGUUUCCUCCCUUAUUCCUCCUCUAUGCUUCAGAGCAUGAAGUCGAUGACCACCCACACGCUGACCAACAUCCAGAUGUCAAUGACGUACGUCGCCAAGCAGCUGACGGACACCGACUCUGCCCCCUCCACCAUCGACACGCCCCUAAGACACACCCCCAGUGGGAGUUCUCCGUCGACCAGUAUGAGCACCAGUCUUGAUUCACUGCCGGAGGGAAUGCAAGAUUCCACUUUCACCGAGGCAAGAGCUGUCAAGGGAGGCAACUCUGGCAGUGCAAGUCCGGUCAAGGAGCGUUCUCCGGUGAAGGAGCCGUCGCCCGAUGAAAGCCGGGUCAGUAAGAAGUCGGCGUCAUUGCGGACAGUGUGGGCCAGGCAGGAUCAGCUCGAUAAAAAGCAAUCUGUUUCAGAUGAUGACGAUAAAAAAUCUUCUGGAAAGUCUGACAGAGGUUACAAGGUUGUCACGGAUACGGAAGUCUGGGUGUGGGGUCAGAACAAGAAGGGGCAGCUUGGAGUUGGUGACUCCAUCGACAGGUCUAAGCCGACCUGUCUCAAGAUGUUCAUGAGCCGCAGCGUCAUCAAGUUGGUAGCCGGAGCGUCUCACUCCCUCGCACUCACGGCUGUUGGUCAGGUGUACUCAUGGGGUAACAACUCCUACGGUCAACUCGGGCACACCGAUAGGGCUCUCUCGCCCAUCAGAAUAAAGUUCAUGAAGGGCUGUCAUAUCUGGGACGUCGCCGCGGGCAACACACAGUCUCUGUUCCUGGCAGACAGUGGCAGCAUGAAGCCUCACAUCUUCUUCUGUGGAAAGCAGCCGUCUAAAGAUGUGUACACCACGGUGAUGAAAAGUACAGUGCCCAUACAGCUGGCCCACCUGAAAAAGGUUGGCUGGCUGAGACAGGUGUCGGCAGGGGGAAAUAACUGCGCCUGUUUGCUCGACGACACGACCAACAUGGUGAAGGUUCUUUACGAGUUUGCUUCCUCAGAACGAUUCUUCUUCCACAGCCUCGACAAGAUUGAAAUCUUUUUCCUCAAACCACUGAUGAAAUCAAGUUUCUUCUCGUCGCUGGAUGUCUAUCCGUUCAAAUCGUCAGUCUACGAGCUGGUCAUGGCCAACAUUAACCUGACGCACCACGUGUGUAAAUCACUGACGGAGCUGUCGUUUGCAAUCCGUGACGGUUGUGAUAUUUGCGAGGUCAGCCAGUUCUACAACUACAGCCACAACGUAACCAUCUUCCGCAAAUACUCGCAGUGUCUUGCCGACUUCGUCGCCAUUGGCGGGUUUCAGUACGUCACCAAGGUUGGAACAUCUUUCUUUGAGAAGAUUUCUGAAGUGUUGCGACAGCUGCUGGGCAAGGAGGUGGAUGGUGGAAACCACGCCGCUAACUUCCGCCUGGCCAUGCUGCAACCCAUUCUCCGCGUGAAGGACUGCACCAAGCUCAUCAACAAACUCAGCGAAAAUGCACCACAGGGGUCAGAAAGUGCUCGUCUGCUGAAGAAAGUGGCCUUGAACUGGGAAAGUCUCAAAAUGAUGUCCGCCAAUGAACUGGCGCUUGCUGACAGAACCAGUGCAUUCUGGGAAAUUACUACUCCAAAAUUAGCAGACAUGUUGCGGGUUCCACAUCGUCGUCUGCUCCGAGACAGUAAGACCAACCACCUUGUUUUCCCUACGUCCGGUCGGUUCUCGUCAUCGUGCCUGUUUCUUCUCUUCAAUGAUGUCUUCGUACAAAGCCAGACGUCAUCUGUGCAGGUUUUUCCUCUAGAGACGCUGUGGGUGGAGAUGCCGGAGUCGGACACGACUUCUCAAACGGGUCUGGUUGUCACAACACCAGAAGAAACUAUUGACCUGAUUGCAGCGUCGUCGGCAGGGAAGUGGCUUUUCUACUGUGGAGCUAAACCAAACAAGAGUGAAAUUAGCUGUGAAUUUGUUAAACCAUUUGCCGAAUGGCUGAUGGCUCUCAAUUCCGCGAUCAACAAAGUUCUGUCCACGCAGAAGUCUUCUUUGCCUUCUGAUCGCCACGGCAGCCACGAGCGGUUAACCCCUCCGCUGAUAAGACACGCUACGUACACAUUCACCAAGAGCGGGCCGUUCAAAGACGCAAUCUACACCGGUUCCUGGCUCAACGGGAAACUGCAUGGAUAUGGUGAGCUGAAGUGGGCUGAUGGUAGAAAAUAUGAGGGGAAGUUUAAGCAGGGUCUCCAGCAUGGCUAUGGUGUGCUGUCGAUACCCAAGGAAGGUAACACUGAGGAAACACAUGAAGGCAAUUGGAAGGACGGAAAACUGAAUGGACACGCCCGGAUUAGGUAUGUGAGCGGUGACUGUUAUGAAGGGUGUUUCAAAGAUGGUCAAAGAUUUGGUCAUGGAGUUUUCCGACAGGGUCAGCACAUGUCAAGCAUUGCCAAUAUCUACAUCGGGGAGUGGCUUCAGGACAAGAGGCAUGGCUACGGAGUUCAAGAUGACAUAUUGAAAGGUGAGAAGUACAUGGGUAUGUGGCAGGAUGACUGUUGUCAUGGUAAAGGAAUCGUCGUCACGCUUGACGGGAUGUAUUUCGAGGGAAACUUUGUCCACAACAAGCUCAGUGGCAGUGGUCUGAUGCUGACCGAUGACAACAGUUGUUACGAAGGAGAGUUUCAGGACAUAACUCAACUACAGGGCAAGGGCACUUUGAUCCUGCCGACGGGUGACAAGAUAGAAGGACAUUUUUCCGGCUCGUGGAACGAAGGUCUCAAGAUAAACGGCACGUUCAUCAAAAACGUGGAGUCGUUCGAAAACAGAUCUCACCACAGUUUGGAUACACACUCAAAGUUUUACAGCAAGCUGUCUGUCCCCGCAGACAAGAAGUGGGAGGACAUCUUUCACCACUGUAGUCUGUUGCUAGGAUACGGUGGCAUGGGGAAGGCCGACACGGCCAAGGCCUGGGAGACAGUGGCCAUCAUGAUAACGGCGGGACGCGACACCGUGAAGGAACUCUACAAGAGUUCUCCCAACAAGGCACGUCAGCAGGCUCUCAAUCUGGAGACGCUGGAGGUUAUUCCACCCCACAACUCGGGCAACCUGACCACAGAGGAGUUCGGGCAGAUCACGUCCUACUUACACAAGGCCUUCGACUCGACAUUCCACCCAUUUGGGAAGCUUAUGGACAACUUGGUGGAUGUUUUCCGAGCGGCGUAUAUAGGGGUGGGCGCCCACCCCCGUCUGCUGUUCCACGCGGUUGAGGAGGUGCGCUCCUAUAUCAGGAGGAUAUACUCCAUCAUCAGACUGCUGUUUCCGGAUCUUCCUGCCAGUGGUGGGCCGAUUCUCAUCUUCCCGGCUUCGUGCCAGCGCAGAGGAAUCCCUCGCACUACAGAGGAAGCAGAACGAUUUUUUCAAAGUCCUACACUAGAGAUGGAAGCCCAAGAAAACAGCGAGCUAAUUACACAAGCCGGUCUUCUCUACCCGUUGCUCCUGCCGAAGGUUUACCCACCCUUGUUUGACCUCUACGCUCUGUACAACGACAAGGAAGACGAGAGGUACUGGGAACGCAUCAUGAAGCUGAAUCGUCAAGGUGACGUCGCGCUCAUGGCCUAUCUCGGAGUCGAACAAAAAUUCUGGCUCCUGGAAGAAGCGGUGUUCUAUGACAAGACACAGAAGUUGUCGGAUAUUCGAGAAGAAUGCUACGCGUCGGCGGUGGACACACUCCAGCAGAUCGGAACUGCCUUUAGCCCCAUUGAUAAACUGAGGGUGCUGGAAGCCACAUUCUUACAAAUUACAAAGACGGUGCAGGCGUCUCUGAAAGAGGACCACGUGUGGUGUCUGGACGACUUGUUUCCGAUAUUCCAGUUUGUCGUGGUGCGUGCCCAGAUCCGCCAUCUCGGAGCCGAGAUACACUUGGUUAACGAUCUCAUGGAGACACACAUGCAGUACGGGGAGCUGGGAGUCAUGGCGACCACACUCCAGGCUUGUUACUUCCAAAUACAGACCGAAAAACUCUCGAUGCACUGAGAACGAAAACAUUCCCAGCUGGAUUGGUUUGUCGUGAUGGUGAACUAGAACUAGCUGAUUGUGCAGCAAAACGAUUCCAGUUAUUCCAUCAUUCACCAAAGUGUGGAAGAAAAUUUCUGACUAGUGCCGGAUUCCAUAGUUGACUGGUCUAAAAAAUGUGGAAUUAGAUAAACAGAGAUUAUUAUAGGAGCUUGUGUAUAGUACCGAUAAUACGAAACGAGUGUCACAAUUCUUGUGUACAUCAAUCCUGACAUGAGUAUUGUAAAAUCAGUACGAUUCACACAAGAUUGUAAUAAUUUCUUUAUUAUCCAUAAUAUUUGUAAUAUUUUUUUAUGAAUAACUAGGACCAUAUCAAAAACAUUUCAAGGAGACGUCAUUUUGGUAAGCGAUUACACAGAACAAAGACUGGAGAAGCUGCAUUAAGUUAUGACAUCACUUCCCAAAACUACGUCAUUCCGUGGUGCAUGUGAAAUUAUUAUGACACACGUGGGUCAUACUGGUUAUAUUUCCCUGUAUAUCUUGAACUGUGUGAAUAAUAAAAUACAUUUAUUGCAUGUGAAAUUAUUAUGACACACGUGGGUCAUACUGGUUAUAUUUUCCUGAAUAUCUUGAACCAUGUGGAUAAUAAUUAUAACUACCAACUUCCCGCCGUUAUAUGACUUAAUCUACUCUGAUUGGACGACAUCACUUAAAAACUGAAUGUCAUCCUUCAAUAAACCUCAGAAAUGACGUCAUUACGUAAAACAGGUUAUGGGAAAGGAAGUUAAAAACUGAUUUAUGUGUAUUUCAAUUAAAUAAGUUGGGUUGUUUGUAAUUAUAAGACUUGUUUGCCAUUUGUUGUGACUUUAUCGAUGUAUAACAGACACAAAUUUAGAAUAAAGUUGCUUCACUGUGCUACUUUUAUGUGAUUUUAUACAAUUUGUGACUUGUUAUACAUCGAUAAAGUCACAAAAAAUUACGAACAAUUCUUACAUAACAUUCAGGACUUUAGAUUGCACUGUUCCCAAAAUACAUGUGACCACGCAGGGCAGGACGUAGCCCAGUGGUAAAGCACUCGUUGGAUGCACAGUCGGUUUAGGAUCGAUCCUCAUCGGUGGGCCAUUUGUUCCCAAAAUAUAUAUGCCUAUGCUCGGCAGGACGUAGCCCAGUGGUAAAGCACUCGGUUAGAUGCACAGUCGGUUUAGGAUCGAUCCUCAUCGGUGGGCCAUUUGUUCCCAAAAUACAUAUGCCUAUACUCGGCAGGACGUAGCCCAGUGGUAAAGCACUUGGUUAGAUGCGCAGUCGGUUUAGGAUCAAUCAGUAGGCCCAUUGGGCUAUUUCUCGUUCUAGCCAGUGCAACACGACUGGUACAUCAAAGGCU